AACUUGUUCUCGCCUCAUCCAAGUGGCUCAGAGUCCUCUCACUGAAGGGGGAAGAGUGAAGCAGGGGAAAAGGAGAGCAGCGGGGCAGCAGUCAGCAUCCAUCACUUUGGGGGCAGUUUCGAGCGAGCAGAGGAGGUGGGAGAUGAACGGCAGUCUCUCUCCUGAACUCUCACAGGGCUAGGGCUAACUGGCCAUCAUCACACAGACACACACUCAUCUAUUAUAUUCCCACGAUUCUUCAGCAACAUGAGCUCCUCAUCAUCCAACCUGCACAACAAGCGCCUACCCUCCGAGACCGAGCGAGGCCAGAGGCUCCCGGAUGUGGAUGCAGCGCAGCAGCUCAAGCUGAGAGAGAGACAGCGUUUCUUCGAGGAGGUCUUCCAGCAUGAUGUGGACGUCUACCUGUCCUCGGCACACCUCUGUAUCAGAGACUACAAGAGACCCCCCAUUGGCAGCAUCUCGUCCAUGGAGGUGAAUGUGGAUUUGCUUGAUCAGAUGGAGCUGAUUGACAUUUCUGACCCGGAGGCUUUGGAUGUCUUCUUCAGCUCUGGAGGAGAAGAGGGUGUGCUGACCUCUCCUCUGCCAGUCCAAGGAAACAACAACAACGAGGAGGUCAUCAGUAACGGACUCUUUCGACACGUCCUUGAGGGUCUUGAUGCCAAGUCCCGCAUGUCCUCCACAUCUUCAAACUCAUCCGCUGACAGCCAGACCAUCAAUGCCAACGGGGGAGACACUCCUAUAGUUGGGUCGGAUGAUGAAGACACACACAUCAGCACAGUCAAGAGAAGAGCCGCACCUCCGGAGAUGGAGAAAGUGAAAACUCAGACUCCGUCGUCGUCUUCCUAGGAUGCACCCUCUCCACAGUAUAUUUCCACCUGCAGCACGGUAGCUGACACCUCGGAUGGGGCAAAGAAGAGUGGACUUUGUGAUGUGAGCUACUGAAAGAAGCCUCCUUAAAACUACAACUGUCUUCCACACACUGGCUCUUAUCACUGCUCUCAACCUUACCUUUGAUUUAUGAGUUGUAGAUUGGGUUCUGUGUGUGUUUUGGAAGUGGGGACCAUGGAUUGUAAAUAUGGAGAUUUCCUAUCAAUCACCUGUGUUUCCAUUCCUGUUUUUGGCAUGUUUGAAGGACAAGACUUGUUCCUCUGUUACUGAUCUCACAGGACUUGAUGAAUUUGUACUGUACAUUUUGUAUAGUAUUGACACAUCCAGGACUGUAAAGCAAUGACAGAAAUAAAAAGAUAAUAAUUGGAUGAAGUAUAGUUUCAGGUAAAUUUGGUAAAAGAAAGUUUCUGAAUAUUAAAUGUGAUGUUUUCUAAAGCUUCACAUUGUCCUGGCAAUGCAAGUUCUCUGUUUUCUAGUUCUAAUUUCAAAUGAAUCUCUAACAAAAUGUCUUUGUUUUAACAAUAAAGGAAGAAAGAAAACAUC